ACUUGGGCAGACUCAUCUACAGCUUCCUCAGGGUCUUCUCUCCUCCCCUCCUGCUGUAUUUUGAAAAUUACAGUUCUAGUUGGCCAUGCUUGAUGGCUGACCACUGUAAUCCCAGCACUUUGGGAGGCCAAGGCAGGUGGAUCACUUGGGGUCAGGAGUUUAAGACGAGCCUGGCAAACAUGGCGAAUCUGCAUCUCUACUAAAAAUACAAAAUUAGCCGGUGUUGUGCUACUCAGGAAGCUGAGGUAGUGGAAUCGCUUUGUGAUAUAGCUGGCCUAGAGUUAGAACCUGAACAAUGACAUUUUAUAAAAGACAAAACUUUUUAAAAUAAGUUGUGAAGGUUGCUCCAUUCUCACAGUGACUGCUAACCUUGGCUUCUGUGAAACUGCUAGUUUACCUUGCAGAAUGCAAAGAGGUAAAGCUGCUCACCUUCUCUUAUCAGUAACUGCCAGAAUUGCUGGCCUUUGUUUACCGGAAUAAGCAGCCCAGGAUAAUUCCAUCCUGGCUCCUACAACUCCUAAUAAGUAACUAGAAAAUCUGUGGACCCCACCCCUACUCAGACAAUGUGUAAACCAAUGCUAACCUUAGCUUUUAUGAACCACUUAAGUAACAAUCAGAAUGUCAAAUAGUCCCCUGGCCCUCGGAAUGUCCGGAAACCUCUCACCCGCCCCUCAUCCUCAUCUCCGUCCAGACGGUGAUUUGCAGAAUCCACUAGCCCUCAGAAUGUCCGGAAAACCCCUCACCCCCAUCCCCACCCCUCACCCUCACUCCCAAGGUAAUAUUUACGGGUAUAAAAGGUCUUUUACGGGGCCCCGGGUUGGAGAGACGUGAGUCCUCCAUGGUCGCCAGCAACAAACUCUGCAAUUUGGCAUACUUUUGUCUUGGUGUUGACUUUCUAUGCUCGGUCCAGUAUAACGGCUUGAACCCAGGAGGUGGAGGUUGCAGUGAGCUGAGAUCAUGCCACUGCACUCCAGAAAAAGAAAAUAUAGUCCUAGUUACUUUUGCUGACCAGGAGAUUCUGAUGGUCCUUAUUUUAUUAUUUUAUUUUAUUAGAGACAGGAUCUUGUUCUGUUGCUCAGGCGGGAGUACAGUGGUGUGAUCACAGCUCACUGCAGUCUCCAACUCCCAAGCUCAAGUGAUCCUCCCACCUGUCUCCCACGUAGCUGGGACCACAGGUAUGUACCACUAUGCCCGGCUAAUUUUGAAAAUUUUUUUGUAAAGAUGGGGUCUCCCUAUGUUGCUGAGACUGGUCUCACACUCCUGGGCUCAAGUGAUUGUCCCACCUUGGCUUCUCAAAGUACUGGGAUUACAGGCAUGUGCUAUUGCAUGUGGCCAAUCCUUAUUUUCCACUUAACUCCCCUUUGCCCAUGAUUUCAGAGAACCAAGGAGGCUUCCUGGCCUUGUGACCUUUUCCCUGAAUCUCUUACAAUUCUUUCUACCUGUGUUGCAUGACAGAUUCUCAAAUUGAGUAAAGGAAGGAAGGGUGAGGACUAAACAUACAAAAUGUAUGUACUGGUUUUUAUGUGGGUGUUGACUGUUUUUCCUUAUUGCUUUUUAAGCUGAAUCUUGGCUGGUUUUCUUGAACUUUGACUUGAGGUAUAAAAAUUCAACCAGACAUUCUCUCCUUACUGUGGUCAGCUGACAUCAUAACCACUAAGUCUUAAUGAGCUUAACUUGCACUUUCAUCACUAGCAAAGGUCUUGAAAUUAUUUCUCUUACUGAUUCAUAAUGAGUGUGUGUAUGAAUCACUCUCACAUAAUUUAGAUAUAAAAACCUAUGAGGACGGGGGAGGGGGGGAGAAUAAAGGACUCCUUUCAUUUUUAUCCAUACUUCCCAGAUCGGCUGAAUCUCUGAUUAUUUGACCCAUCAUUGUUAUUAAUAUGAUUAACAAACUACCUAUUUAUUGAUUGAAUUGUUCCUCCUGACUUGAAAUAGCCUGCAAAUGGAGCUUGCCUAAAUGACCAUCAACUUCCUAACCCUAUAAUUCAUUCUGUCUUACUGGGAUGGUAUUGCUAGAGUGUGUGUGUGUCUACGCACACACACACUCACACAAAAGGAUGCCAGACAGGUUCUUCCAGUGUGAUUUGAUUCCUUCUCCAUGAUACUGCGUAUGAGUUAGCAGUAUCAUACUAGUUUCCUCCCUCCAUUACCAAGGCAGAGCUGCUUCCUAUGAAUGUGCCUCUUAAGUAUUUCCCAACCCAAUCUAACCAUGAACUGAGCACCUCACUGGAAGGAAGCUGCCUGUCUCCAUCUUCCUAGUACUCUGCAGAGGGAGGUAAAGGAACUGAAAAUGAACUAGAACUAGAAAUAUGUCAACCUCAGGAUUCUGACUGCCUCAGAGGAUAACUGGGGAAAUGCUUUGCCUCUGACAUCACUGGAGCCCAGUCUGGAUCAUUUUCACACAUAAUUGAAUUCAUUCUUCACUCCUAGGCUUAGGGGUGUGAGACUUAAAGGACUAUAUGCUCUCUAGCCACAAGUGUUUAUGCAAAGGGUGGAUGUCCACUUGGCAAGAAUGUCCUUUCCAUUCCUUCACUUAGCAAGCACUUAUUGGACACUUUACUCUCUACCAGGCACCUACAAUAUGAAAAGUUUUUUUUGCCAGGCACAGUGGCUCAUGCCUAUAAUCCCAGCACUUUGGGAGGCUGAGGCAGAUGGAUCACCUGAGGUUAGGAGUUUGAGACCAGUCUGACCAAUAUGGUGAAACCCCAUCUCUACUAAAAAUAUGAAAAUUAGACAUGGUGGUAGGUGUCUGUAAUCCCAGCUACUCAGGAGGCUAAGGCAGGAGGGUUGCUUGAAUCUGGAAGGUAGAGGUUGCAGUGGCCUGAGACUGUCGCCACUGCACUGCAGCCUGGGCGACAGAGCAAGACUCCAUAUAAAUUUUUUUUUUUCCUUUUGGAGAUGGGGUCUUGCUAUGUUGUCCAAGGCUGGCCUCAAACUGGGUUCGAGGGAUCCUUCCACCUCAGCCUCCUGAGUAACUGGAAUUACAGAUGCAUGUCACUGCGCAUGGUUAAGACAUGGUCUUUGAUUCUAAGGAACUCAUAGUUUAGUAGACUUCAGGACAGCUACCAGGAGAAACCUAUACAGGGUAUUAACAGGCUUUAUAGAAGUUAGCAGGGAAGACGGAUGGGGAGUGGCAUUCCAGACAGAGGAAACAGCAAAAACAAAGGCGUAGAAGCAAGAAACAAUAUGUGUAUGUAUCAUGUUACUGGAGGAUCAUUAUUAGUGCAAAGGAAAAGCUUCAAGUAGAUAACCUUUCAGUCCUGACAUUCUAUGAUUAUUUGCCUGCUUCCACAGUGGUCAUUUACUUCUGUGGGCUUUUCUUGGGCUACUGCUAUAUUUCUUGGUGUUUUCAUAGGCUCCAAUAUGCAUGCUAAGUACUCAUAGCUUCCUCUGCUGUCUCCUUGUAACUGAGGUAGGUUGUUUACUAUAACCAUUCCUUAAAGCUGGCUGGACAUACUUUAUCAUUUCAGGUUAUUAAGGGCAAUUCUUAGAUGCUCAUGUUAUAAAAAUAUGAACAGUGAAGGCUGCUUCCUGAGUUCUGUCCUAUUAAGAGAUCAGAAAUACCAUCUAGUCUUAAAAGCUUCCAUUUUGGGGCCGGGCGCGGUGGCUCCCACCUAUAAUUCCAGCACUCUGGGAGGUUGAGGCGGGUGGAUCACAAGGUCAAGAGAUCGAGACCAUCCUGGUCAACAAGGUGAAACACCGUCUCUACUAAAAAUACAAAAAUUAGCCAGGCAUCGUGGUCCGUGCCUGUAGUCCCAGCUACUUGGGAGGCUGAGGCAGGAGAAUUGCUUGAACCCAGAAGGUGGAGGUUGCGGUGAGCCGGGAUCGUGCCAUUGCACUCCAGUCUGGGUAACGAGCGAAUCUCUGUCUCAAAAAAAAAAAAAAGAGAUAAAAGCUUCCAUUUUGGCCAGGCACGGUGGCUCAUGCCUGUAAUCCCAGCACUGUGGGAGGCUGGGGAUGGGGCAGAUCAUGAGGUCAGGAGUUCGAGACUAGACUAGCCAACAUGGUGAAACCCUGUCUCUACUAAAAAUACAAAAAUUAGCCAGGUGUGGUGGCACAUGCCUGUAGUCCCAGCUACUCAGGAGGUUGAGGCAGGAGAAUGGUUUGAAUUUGGGAGGUGGAGGUUGCAGUGGGCUGAGAUUGUGCCACUGCACUCCAGCCUGGGUGACAGAGCAAGACUCCAUCUCAAGAACAAAAAAAAAAGGGGGGUGGGGCGGGGCUUCCAUUAUAACUCUCCAUUCAUGGAAGCCCAUUCUCCACUUUUGGAGUUUUCAGCUGCUAAAAAGCCUUCACAAAAUAUACGCCACCAUCUCUUCCUGUUUAGAGCCCUUUAUCUAAUCAUCCCGCUAUGUUAAAGGGCCAAGAGUUUGAUUUUCUGUCAGAGUUCAGAGUUCAAAUUCUAGCUCUUCCACUUACUAGUUGUGUGACCUUGGGCAAGGUCUCCUCCACUGUGGUUCCUUCAUUUAUAAAAUGAAAUAACACCAAUUUCGGCCGGGCACGGUGGCUCAUGCCUGUAAUCCCAGCACUUUGGGAGGCCAAGGCGGGUGGAUCACGAGGUCAGGAGUUCAAGACCAGCCUGGUCAAGACGGUGAAACGUCGUCUCUACUAAAAAUACAAAAAGAAUUAGCCAGGCAUGGUGGUGUGCGCCUGUAAUCCCAGCUACUUGGGGGGCUGAGGCAGAAAAUCGCUUAAACCCAGGAGGCGGAGGUUGUAGUGAGCAGAGAUCAAGCUCUUUCACUCCAGCUUGGGUGACAGAGCGAGAGUCUCUCUCUCUCUCUCUCUCUCUCUCUCUCUCACACACACACACACACAAAAUAACACCAGCUCAACUUCGUGGGGGUGCUUGUGAAAAUUACGAAGACGAUGUAGGUAAAAUACUGAGCACAUUCUCUGGCAUACACUUAAAGCCCUCAAUAUUGGCUCUCUUCAUGAACUAGGUACCAAUUAACUGAUGAUCGUAAUAUUGUUGCUUUCCUCUUUCUAGGCUUUAUGGCUCUGUUUUAUUUGUUACUGAGGGGUAAAAGAUAAAUGUUUACCAUGACCUAGAAUUGGGUUUUGGCCUUUAAAGGAACCUGAGGGUUAGAUGAGUUAUUGGCUUUGGAAGCUGGCCUCCAAAUUAAUGCUCUAAUUUAUAUUUUUCAUUAAAAACUCAGCUUGCCUCUUCUAUAUAGCUGCUUUCCCUGGCUCUGAAACCCUAGUGUUUCGCCAUAAAAGAUUUUAAAAUUAAGGGGUCAUAAUUCUCUCCCCACGAGGUGUGGAUUAAUGGUAAGAAGGUGCAUAUAAUAUAAUCUAACUUUGAACGAAAUAAAAGCAAAGAGUUGGCUCUGUUUCUCACCUUUGAAGUACAAAUCAAGAGAUACUAUGAUGAAGCAUAGUUUUUCUUUAUAUAGCUGUGUAGAACUUUACCAAAAAAAACACUAGUUCAGGCAUCAGAAGAUCUGGAUCCUAGGCUUUUCACUGUCACCAAGAUGCUGUGACCUCUAACCUUGUAUGGAGGUUUGCUGUGUGCCUUCCGGGGUUGGGGUUCAUACCUGGCGCACAGAAGCGCUCCCCAAACGGUAGGUAUCAUGUACUAGUACUGAAAAUCUAGUCCAUCAGGACGAUGCAAAUGGGUAUGUUCGGCAGUGAGAAGGGGGAACCACAUCUUGACACCCAGUCGAAGGAAGAGCGCGGAAGUAGGGUCGCGCGGCAGUAAAGACUACGCCUCCCGCCGUGCUUUGCGGCCGGGCCGUCCCGCCUUACCCAGAGUCGCCCUGCAGCAAUCGCGCGUCUUUCCACUGAGGCCCCGGAUGUAGAUUCUCUUUCCCGUCUACGCCGCUCAGUGGGCGUGGCCUCGCUGUGACUCAAAGACUUGGGGCUCUCUCAUUGGCUGUAACUCUUCCGCAGGAUUGGAAGCAAAAAAGAGGCGGUACCCAAGGCGAACAGCGCUCUGACCACAGCCAAUCAGAAUCGAGACCGGGCUUUGGCGGGAGGCUGGAACGCUGUGGUAAUUUAGAUUUGGCGCGAGCGCGGCUGGGUUUUGCUGCUGCUGGUGUGCAGUUUGUUCGGGGCUUUUGGUGUUGUGCUGCUGUCAUGCCUCAAACCCGAUCCCAGGCACAGGCUACAAUCAGUUUUCCAAAAAAGAAGCUGUCUCAGGCAUUGAACAAAACUAAAAACUCUAGUGAUGCCAAACUAGAACUGACAAAUGCCCAAAUUGUACCCUGUUCUCAUGUAAAAGUCCUGCCUCUCAGCCCCAGGAAACGUCUGGGUGAUGACAACCUAUGCAACACUCCCCAUUUACCUGCUUGUUCUCCACCAAAGCAAGGCAAGAAAGAAAAUGGUCCCCCCCGAUCACAUACACGUAAGGGACGAAGAUUGGUAUUUGACAAUCAGCUGACAAUUAAGUCUCCUAGCAAAAGAGAACAAGCCAAAGUUCACCAAAACAGAAUACUUCCUUCAGUUAGAAAAGGUCAAGAGAUCACAACAAAUCCUGAGCAGAGAUGUCCACUGGAGAAAGAAUCUGCACGUGUGAGACUAUUCAAGCAAGAAGGCACUUGCUACCAGCAAGCAAAGCUGGUCCUGAACACAGCUGUCCCGGAUCGGCUGCCUGCCAGGGAAAGGGAGAUGGAUGUCAUCAAGAAUUUCCUGAGGGAGCACAUCUGUGAAAAAAAAGCUGGAAGCCUUUACCUUUCUGGUGCUCCUGGAACUGGAAAAACUGCCUGCUUAAGCCGAAUUUUGCAAGACCUCAAGAAGGAACUGAAAGGCUUUAAAACUAUCAUGCUGAAUUGCAUGUCCUUGAGGAGUGCCCAGGCUGUAUUCCCAGCUAUUGCUCAGGAGAUUUGUCAGGAAGAGGUAUCCAGGCCAGCUGGGAAGGACAUGAUGAGGAAAUUGGAAAAACAUAUGACUGCAGAGAAGGGCCCCAUGAUUGUGUUGGUACUGGACGAGAUGGACCAACUGGACAGCAAAGGCCAGGAUGUAUUGUACACACUGUUUGAAUGGCCAUGGCUAAGCAAUUCUCACUUGGUGCUGAUUGGCAUUGCUAAUACCCUGGAUCUCACAGAUAGAAUUCUGCCUAGGCUUCAAGCUAGAGAAAAAUGUAAGCCACAGCUAUUGAACUUCCCACCUUAUACCAAAAAUCAGAUAGUCACUAUUUUGCAAGAUCGACUUAAUCAGGUAUCUAGAGAUCAGGUUCUGGACAAUGCUGCAAUUCAAUUCUGUGCCCGCAAAGUCUCUGCUGUUUCAGGAGAUGUUCGCAAAGCGCUAGAUGUUUGCAGGAGAGCUGUUGAAAUUGUAGAGUCAGAUGUCAAAAGCCAGACUAUUCAACCACUGUCUGAAUGUAAAUCACCUUCUGAGCCUUUGAUUCCCAAGAAGGUUGGUCUUAUUCAUAUAUCCCAAGUCAUUUCAGAAGUUGAUGGUAACAGGAUGACCUUGAGCCAAGAAGGAGUAUACGAUUCCUUUCCUCUUCAGCAGAAGAUCUUGGUCUGCUCUUUGAUGCUCUUGAUCAGGCAGUUGAAAAUCAAAGAGGUCACUCUGGGGAAGUUAUAUGAAGCCUAUAGUAAAGUCUGUCGCAAACAGCAGGUGGCGGCUGUGGACCAGUCAGAGUGUUUGUCACUUUCAGGGCUCUUGGAGGCCAGGGGCAUUUUAGGAUUAAAGAAAAACAAGGAAACCCGCUUGACAAAGGUGUCUUUCAAGAUUGAAGAGAAGGAAAUAGAGCAUGCUCUGAAAGAUAAAGCUUUAACUGGAAAUAUCUUAGCUACUGGAUUGCCUUAAAUUCUUCUCUUACACCUCACCUGAAAGUAUUUAUCUGGCAUUUAGAGAGCUACAGUCUUCAUUUUAGUGCUUUACACAUUCAGGUCUGAAAACAAAUAUGACCUUUUUUACUUGAAACCAAUGGAUUUUAAUCUAUAGAUUCUUUAUUAUUAGCACAGAAUAAUAUCUUUGAGUCUUAUUAUUUUUACCUAUAAAAGUGAUCAGGUAGAUCCUUUUUAAUUACAUUCACUACUUCUACCACUGUGUAUCUCUAGCCAAUGUGCUUAUAAGUGUACAGAUCUGAAAUGUGUCUAUAUUUACCACUUUGCUUGCUCAAACAUGAGUGUUUUUGUUUUUGUUUUUGUUUUUUGAGACCGAGUCUCGCCCCGUUUUCCAGGCUGGAACACAGUGGCGUGAUCUUGGCUCACUGCAGCGUUCACUUCCUGAGAUCAAGCGAUUCUCUUGCCUCAGCCUCCCAAGUAGCUGGGAUUACAGGUGGGCACCACCACACCCAACUAAUUUUUGUAUUUUUAGUAGAGAUGGGGUUUUACCAUGUUGGCCAGGCUGGUCUUAAACUCCUGACCCUCAAGUGAUCUGUCCACCUUGGCCUCCCAGAGUGCUAGGAUUACAGGUGUAAACCACCGCCCCCAGCCAUGAGUGUAUUUUGUUCAGAACUUUGAGGUUAGGGUAAGAAGAAUGUAAAAGAAUGAUCCAGGAAAGUUAAGCAAGUCCACGUGGAGAUUUGGAGGAUACUGGUUAAAGAAUUUAUUUAUUUUUAGAGUAUACUAUGUUCACAGUGCAGAUACUACAACAUUGUGACAUUUUAAAGGCUUUGAGCUUCUUGGGCACCUCCAGGGGCACUGGGGUUGUAAGGAGACUAUAACUACAGAUUGUGAAUAUAUUUAUUUUCAAGUUG